CCGGGAGCCGCCAGCUCGCAGCCCCUCCAGCCAUCGCCCCCCGGAGCAGUCGUGCCGGGACGCACCAUGGCGCUGAGCGACACGACCCUGCCCUCGUUCGCCACCUUUGCCAGCCCCUGCAGGGAGAAAACUUUCCACGAAAGAUGGAAAUGUGACCAAGAGGACAAGGCCCCUGUCAACAGCUGCACCAUGCCAGAACUGAGGCCAGGACUGGGCAGCCUCUCCCCUCGCAAAGAGGAUGAAGAUCUCAACAACGUUUUGGAUUUUAUCCUUUCCAUGGGCAACGACAACUUCAGCCCGAACUCACCUAGUGUGGACUAUCCCUCAGCACAGACAGCGUCUAGCAGCUUCUACCAGACAAAUCCAUCUUCUGGAUGCUACAGUUCCCUGGAACAGAGCAAUCCACCUCCUUACAACUCCAGCCUCAUGUCAGAGAUGAUCAGAUCAGAAAUGGACUCAAACUUCUGCCUCCCCAACCAUGUCCAGGGACAAUUCUUUGUGACAUCCAGCUUUGGGAGCCCACACUUUGUGGACAACAUUAAACCAGAACCUGACAUGGACAGUUAUGGGCCCGUCAUGGGCCUCGUCCCUCAGACAUGCCCUAAGAUCAAGCAAGAAGGCAAUGCAACCUGCAUGAUGGCCUAUGAGCAGCCCAGGAUGGCCAGCUCACCCCAGAUCCCUGGCACAGAGACACCCCCUCUGAGCCCUGAUGACCUCAUUGUGACUGACUGCCAAGCACAGAUGAUCUGCCCCUCAUCAAUGUCAUUCCAACAAAGCUAUCACCCUGCCACAGGCUUCCACCAUCACCAGACCCACUUCCAGUACCAGAGUGCCUCUCAGUUUGGCUUAUUUGAGGACAGCCUGCCCUUGCAACCCUCAGCUCCAAGAGGCAUGCUAACGCCUCCUUCCUCUCCCUUGGAGCUGAUGGAUUCCAAGCCCAAAAGAGGGCGACGAUCCUGGCCCAGGAAGAGGACAGCCACACACACAUGCACCUAUGCAGGCUGUGGGAAAACCUAUACCAAGAGCUCCCACUUGAAGGCACACCUUAGAACACACACAGGUGAGAAACCUUAUCACUGUAACUGGGAAGGCUGCGGCUGGAAGUUUGCUCGCUCUGAUGAACUGACUCGUCACUAUCGCAAGCACACUGGCCACCGGCCCUUCCAGUGCCACCUUUGUGACAGGGCUUUCUCUAGGUCAGACCACCUGGCUCUGCACAUGAAAAGGCACAUGUAGCUAUAGAGACUCUGUACUGCACAUCAGACAUUAUUUAACUUCUCAGGUGCAGAAUCGUUAAAAAAUCUGUAGCUGGUACUACUUAGAGAGGCAACAAAGCUCUAGCCAUGGAUGGUAAGGAAGAAUUUGACUCAAGGAGGUUUAGCCUGUCAUCUCCUGAAGAGAAUUUAAAGGGACUGUAUCAGUGUGACUGUCCACUUCACUCAAGAGAAUAUGGUUUAUUUAUAGAGCUUCUGUGAAGGGUAAACUCAACAAGACUCCAUGCAGAUUGUAUAAAAGAAGCUGUAAAUACUGUAUCUCUGAUUGUAAUUGCCCAAUACAUAAGCUUUAUAAGACAAUGUUUGUAUGGAAACUGCCUGAAGUCAACCCUAGAUGGGAUUAAACGAAUGUUACUGUCGCUGAUGAUAUUUUUAGAUUUCAGUUGAAGGCAUGGCUAAGAGAAACACUCUGAUUGUUAGACUAUUUGUUUCAUUGGUGCAAUAAUAUUCUUGUCUGCCAUGAUCUACACUAGAAGUACAGGGCUUGAUGUCUUGUAAAAAAAUAACCUAUUUUACUGAUUGAUUUUUUUAUAUAUUGUAAAUAAUUUUAUACAUUGAGAAAUGUUGUAAUGUAUUAUGUAAAUAAGACAAAUGGGCAUUUUGCCUAUUUCUGUUUUUAUAAAAAAGUAGCAAUUUUUCAAUGUUUGAAAACAUUCUCCCUUUUUAAUAAAAUAAAUGUUUAAGAGAUGUGAUCACAUUUUAAAUCCUCAUUUGAGAGCCAGUCAUUAUCCUUCCCAACUGCUGGAUCAGCAGCCUCCUGGAAAUGUUUUAAACAACAACAAAUUAUCGGAGGACAUUUUUUUAAAAAUCAGGUCACUAUUUUAAAAACAGGACAAAAUUAGGUGUAAAACUCAUGCUCAAUUAUAGUUGAACUACAUAAAAUCCAAUGUUACAUCAAAUAGGAAAGUGUUUCACAUUCAACAUGUACUUCCUAAAAAUGUUUGUUCAGGUAAAAAGUAAGCAACACUGUAAUUUCAGUCUCAUUUCUAGUUUAUACUGGACUUUUUUAAUAGCAUCCUUAAUGUUUUCCAGAUGUACUCACAGUUUUGCCAGCAGUGUGUGGGUUUUUACUAUAAAUUUAAACACUGCAUUUUUGUAAUUAUGGAGGCUUAUUUUAAGGCAUCUUUGUACAUAAAUUACCCUUGCUCUGAAGAGCUGAGUGCAAAAGUCCUACAGAAGAGUAGUUUAAAAGUUUUAAUUUUUUUUUCAUUUUAACACAGUUCUCCCACAGAGUUGGCUAAAGUUUGUUUUGAAUACACUCCUAGAACAAAAGUUCAUUGAAUACAUUAUAAAGAUGCACAGAUUACAAGAGUUAAUAAAUACAUUUUUGUAUUGGAGCUAGAUAA